AUUUAUUAAAACCGGUAUCUCUAAAUCGAAGAAAGUAGUUCCUCCAGUUUACAAACAAAUAUAAGUGCUUCUUAGUAACGUACGGAGAAUAAGCGAACGCGCUAAUUAAAUCGUGCAAUCGAGCCGAUAAACGUUUCACCUCUCCGAACGGCACAAUAGGAACAUGCACCUGUAAGAUAAGAUAUUGAAAAACUUUUCUUUGACUGACCUAGAAAAUCCGGCGUGGCUCAUGACUGUGUGGAUUUCCGUUCAGUUUGUCGGCGACUCCGUUUCUGCUAGGAAUACGAAUGUGCAUUCGAAAUGAAACUGUCGCGAUAAAAAAAUAAUGACAUUACUAUUUGGUCCGGAAUAAUUUAAUCAAAAUAAUGCGAACGAAACUGACGUAGCGGUGGCGUUUUCGGAAAAAUGACAUUUCGAAAGGGGUGCGAUGCGGCUAUGUUCGCGCUAUUGUUCGUCCUGUGUGUUAUCGGAACCAGCGGGAAACCCUCGUUUCCUUUCAGUUUUUCCGCUAUUUCGUCGUUCGGCCAGCAGCAGACGGACCCGCCGGUACUGCUCAAGAGCUAUUCCGGCCGAAGGGUCGACAAGAACUCCUUGAGGAUGGUCUAUUUCCACGAUCAAACUGUAGCCGUCGUCGAGUUGGGGCCGAAUAAAUUGCUGUUGAAUUGCGAAUUUAUCGAAAUUAUUGAACAAAAUCAGGUAUUCGAAGUACUAGGAGAAUUAAAAGCGAAGGCUCGCCCGGUGGCCAUCACAUUCAUGGAAAUGAUAACUCUAAUGAAUCAAUGUAAACAAUUGGAGGACAGGAGAGAAAAGAUGAAAAGCGAACAAUCAAAGAAUAAUACAAUGACAACGAACGAAGGGCGGAAAUUGUCCAAUCCCUUUACUCUUUUUAGCGGGAUCGUCCCAGGUACCAAAUGGUGCGGAACGGGGGACAUAGCUAAAGACUAUUACGAUUUGGGCGAGGACAAAAUGGUUGACGUUUGCUGUCGAGCGCACGAUUUGUGCCCGGUCAAAAUAAGGGCUUACACGAAAAAGUACAGUUUGAUGAACAACUCCUUAUACACUAAGUCGCAUUGUAAAUGCGACGACGACUUGUUCAAUUGCCUGAGGUUAGCUAAUUACUCAAAGACAGCCCAAAUAAUGGGCAACAUAUACUUUAAUUUAGUCCAAGUGCCUUGCUUGGAAGAUGGAAAAGAGGGACGGCAAUUCCGAAAAGCCAGAACUAAUUUCUGAUUUUUCUUUAUUUAUGCUUGACUUGGUCGAUAUUGGUAUUUUUGAUCAAUUUUGUUAGGUGUGGAUGAUUUUAAAUAAAUAAUGUUAUGUUUUACGAACGAGUUUUAAACAAAUACCACUCCUAUACUUAUGAAUGAGUACUAAAAUUCAUAGUUUCUCAAUAAUUACGUGUUGAUAAGCUAAUAGGUGUUUAAAAAACAAUUUGUGGUGCCAUACCUGGUUUAGUACGCG